AUGAGCUCCACGGCGAGGACAGCGGCGGCGGCACCGGAGUGCGGCGGCCCCAAGACGUCGUGGCCGGAGGUGGUCGGGCUCAGCGUGGAGGAAGCCAAGAAGGUGAUCCUCAAGGACAAGCCCGACGCCGACAUCGUCGUGCUGCCCGUCGGCUCGAUUGUGACCGCGGAUUAUCGCCCCGACCGCGUCCGCAUCUUCGUCGACACCGUCGCCGAGGCGCCCCAUGUCGGCUGA